CUUGGUUAAAAAUUUAAUCAAGCCAGGUCGUCGAGCACCUGUCAAAAUUUGAAAAUGUAUGCACAGUCCGCAGCAAACCUCCGUGCCUCUUCCUUUGCCGAGGACCAGUCUCAUAUUAACUAGUUCUACUUACAAGGCUUUUGACUAUGGCUGAGUAUGAGUAGUGCCAGGUGCUUGUAGCUUAACUCUUGCAUAGUUGCAUGCAUAGGGGCUCAUUCAGUUAUCCAUCCUGUUGCAUGGAAACAAACUGUGGUUUGAUAUUUAACUUAAGAAAGGACUUUAAUAACCAAAUUAGGAGAUUCUAUAGCUAUGUUAUUUUAUGUGGAGCUUUUUCCUUUCUGUUACUUUUCAACUAAAUCUAAUAGCAUUUGCUUACUUCUAAUUUUCAAGGGAGAUGAAGCAUCAUUGCAAAAAGCGCUGCAUUUGGUGUACAACCUCAAUCAGGACUGUGUAGAUGUUCUGUUUUAUGCUUCUUGGUGCCAGUUCUCGAGGAACUUCAGACCAAGCUAUUCAACCCUGUCUUCCUUAUAUCCAUCUAUUCCUCAUUUUGCAAUAGAAGAAUCAGCCAUCAGACCAAGGACCGUAGCUACCAUGGAUGAUCAUCGUGAUAAUGAAAUACAGGGAAUUGAUGGAGCUAGUCAUCCUACGGGGGAAUCACAAGGUACCAACACUAGUAAAAAGACCAAAUUCCGUGGUCCGUCAAAAGGAGUUCAAGCCAAAAAGCCUAUGCAUCUUCAGUAUAAUCAAUAUGGAAUCCCCGAUGGAGAAUGGUCAGGAGAAUACGGGAAGCAAGUUGGGUCUUGUGCUGCUAGAAUUAACAUUAAUGUGAAAGAAUAUUCAACGUUAGAUGAACACACAAAGAAGGGGUUUUGGGAGGAGACCAAGCUUCUGUUCCACAUUAUUGAUGAUCCGGCUAAAAGGAGAGAAAAAUAUUUUCAUAUGUGUGUGGCGAAACGCUUUGGAGCUUUCAAGUCCAGGUUAACGCGGCGUUGGAUAACUAAGAAAGAAAAAAUGCCGAAACAUCAGACAAAUGACAUGCCUUGGGACAUCUACCAUCAAAUCACAGAGGAUGAUUGGAAAACAUUUGUGAUAGAACGAAACAAGCCGGAGAUGUUGGUUCGUAGAGAAAAAGCAAGUAAAAGUGCAUUACAAAACAAGCACCCACAUCGCACAGGCCAAAAGGGUUAUGUUAGAAAGAGACCAGAGUGGAUAAAUGAUGGGCGACUACCGCCAGAGGCAGCUUUAACCCUCUCAAGUGGCUCCUCCUCAGUGACCUCAACACUCACCACAGCGCCAGAUAGAUUUAAGAAGUUUAGAUCAGUAGAGUGGAUCUUGGCUCAUCAAGUUAAAAACAAAGAGGGAAAGUGGGAAGUUGACCCGAAUGAUAAAGAAGCCGUAAAUAUUGCUAAGAUGGCUUUGGAGUACAUAGAAGAAGAGGGAAAAGGAAAUAUUUCAUUCACCCAGGGAGAAGAUGCCCUCACCAAGGCUAUGGGAAAAAAGGAUCACCGUGGGCGUGUCAAGGCAACAGGUGGAGUUAAUGUCGGUUACAAAGUUGCUUUCGGUCCAAUAGACCGAAGUAGUAGAUGUGGCCAUAUUGAACCAUCACCGGAGGCUAUCGAAUCAAUCAGAGCUUCGGUGAGAAGGGAGUUUGAAGAUCAAUUAGAGAGAAAGGUGGCGGAGGCCCUCCAAAACCAACUAGCCACAUUGAAAGCAACCGGUCAACUACACACCCUCUCUACCCCCGCACUUGAUUCUGCUCUUGUAAGUGAUGAGUUUGAUGUUAACCGUGCACUCGUAACCUGUUGUCCGAGUUCAUCGCAGCAACCACGCGAGCUGAAGGCCAUAACUCCAUGUCGUCUUGCCCUUGAGGAUAAAGUUUUGGGUAACAAAGUGAUAGUGGCAGAUGGUAUGGCGUACCCAUUGGAUGGUUCGUUGCACCAACACUUUAGAUCGAUGAAGCCUAGUCAUUAUAAGGUCCAAGUUGAUUGUAUUUACGACGGACAUGAUGAUGACACUCUUCCGGUACCUACUGGAGAUGGAUUCAAUAACUUAGGCAGGGCUCUUGCUAGUUUUGUGCAAUGGCCAAUUCACUUGGUGAUUUUCGAAGAAGACGAGGAGUACUCUACUCCACGCCCAACAAAGAAGUCCAGGAGUCAGAUUUUUGAAGAGGUGGUUGGUAGCUCCAAAGGGAAGAAAAACGAAUUAAUUGUCAAAGAGAAGACAACAGAAUUAGUUGUCAAAGAUAAGACAACAGAAUUAAUUGUCAAAGAGAAGGCAACACUUGAUUUAGGGUCCAAAGAGAAGACAACACUGAAGUUAACGGCCAAGGGAAAUUCAUGCUCAAAUAAGUUGGAGUCGAAAUCGAAGUCGAAGAACUCUAAGACGGCCAAAGAGAUGGUAGGUAGUUGUGAUCGUAAAACUGAAGAAUCAGCCGCCAAAAGUAAGAAGCAAAAUUUGGCAGACGACACAAUUCAAGGUCUUGGCCCAUCAUGCAAUUAUUUGAAGUUUAUCAUCAAUACGGCGCCCGGUGAUGUAUAUAAAAAUACUUCAAUCCCAUUGCCCGCUUCGGUUUGGCAUUAUGACGAAGAUCGACAAACUUAUGUAAAUGAGGUUGACGUUGAAGAGUUCCUUAGAGGGGCGUGCCUCAACAUUUCAGUGAUCCAAGUCUAUAUGAUGUGUUUAUUCCACGAACACACCUUUGCAUUUGACAACUCUCAGAUUGGGUUUGUUUGUCCCGAGGCAAUGUCAAGCUCUAGAAUCAAGGCCAACCCUCAGGCUGCAUCAAUGUAUUUGAAAGUAGUUUUCAAUGCUGAAAUUGAAAAGGAGAAGAAGGGUGAUCCUAACAUUACCAAGUGGUUUUUGAUCCCAUACCAUCAAGAAAAUCAUUGGAUUUUGUACGUGUUAGACCUACGUAGAGGUUGUGCGUAUAUUUUCGACUCUGCGAUAGGUUCCAACCGAGAAAAUAGUGCAUGGGGAAUCUUGUGUUUGGCAUACCAAGUGUACAAGUUUAAUGAUGGGAUUUGUCCGAAUAGAGCGACUAUGCAGGGGUUGAAAGGCUUCCAUGUAAAGUGUGCUCAACAAGUCGGCGCCCACGAGUGUGGCUAUUACGUUAUGAAGUUCAUGCAUGAAAUAGUCACGUUACACCAUAACACUGAUGAGCGGUUAGACAAUGCUUACACUCCAAGAAAUGCGCCUUAUACCGAUGAGGAAAUAGAUGUGGUUCGUGAGCAAUGGGCUAAGUUUUUUACAACCGAGUAUUUAUUUACUUAGGUUGUUUAGACACAAAGAUGGAAGCGUUUAUAUCUUCAUGGAUUUGGCUAGGGAUCGAGUCGAUUGGAAGAAAGUCAACACGACCUUACUUAAGGUUUGUAAUGCAUGAUCUAAAGGGACCUAAGUGGCUGGAUUAGAGACAUUUGUUAGAUUAGCUCUCUAGCCUUUUGUCUUUAGUUGUUAAUAUUAGUUGUAAUUUGUUAGACUAGCUAGGUGUUUAAAAAUUGUAAACAUACGUACUAUAUAUACGCUUUGCUCUGUUGGGUUAAUAUAAAUG